AUCAGACGGAAAACGGUUAUUGCCCGCCGGCUUUGCUGUCCAUCCGUCGAUCCGAAGAAUAUAGGGCAGAGGAUGUUCGGCGAAUAGCAUCAUGCGUCCGGCCUUAACCCCUCCAACUACGCCUUUGAACAGCUUCAGUUACAAUGUCUUCCCCGACUGUUCAGUCCUCGACAGUGUUAUCUGAGAAGCUGAUCGAGCUGUUUCGGAAGUUCAAAACGCCAGGCAUUCUAAAGUUAGUCUUCCGGCGUGGGUGGCCGAGAUUUGUUCUGGCCUUGCUGCUUGGUAUAGCAACCCUUCGAAAAACCAACAGUCUCCUGAGCCAAGCGACACUUAACAACUUCACUCAAGACAAGUAUGACUGGCGAAGGGAGCAGGUGGUAGUUACCGGUGGAUCCGGAGGCCUUGGGGACAAGUUGGUGCGCAAGCUGGCCAAGAAUUGCAUCAAAGUAAUAAGUCUCGAUGUUGUUCCGCCGAGAACUCAUCUGCCGUCGAACGCGUACUUCUACGAAGUAGACAUCACAUCAAGCAAGUCUAUCAGAAAGGUCGCAAGCCAAAUUCGUGAAGAUCACGGUGACCCUACGGUAUUGGUAAACAACGCAGGCGUCAUGAAGAUAGCCUCGAUUCUAGACGAGACCGAGGAACAAAUUCGUCAUGUUUUUGACGUCAACAUCAUUGCCAGCUUCCUCCUGAUCAAAGAAUUCUUACCGUCGAUGAUCCACAACAACCAUGGUCAUGUCGUCACAGUCGCAAGUAUGGCGAGCUUUGUGACGGGCGUACACAACGUGGACUACUCAUGUUCCAAGAUGGGCGCCCUGGGACUUCAUGAAGGAUUGGCUCAGGAGAUCAGACAUCGGUAUAAGGCACCGAGAGUGCGCACAAGUAUUAUCCAUCCGACCUACAUAAAGACAGCCUUGAUCGAAAAGGUGCACAGCUCGGGCCCCUUCAAAUCAAAGAUACUUGAACCCGAGCCUGUUGUGGAUGCUAUCUUCAAGCAGAUUGUCUCUGGCCGUAGUGGCCAUGUUUACCUGCCAGGAGAGUACGUCAGAGCGACGGCAAUACGCGCUUGGCCUUAUUGGCUCCAGGAAACUCUCAGAAAUGCGCAGAAGGACACGCUAUUAUAUUAGCCCCGAGGGAGAGAACUUCAGCUUGUUUACAGUCUUUGACGGUUGAGCAAGUGAGAACAAAGCCGAAAACAAAUUGUAUUUGCGAAGUGUCUCUCGACUCAUCAGCUUGCUAGUGUUGCGUCUGAGAAACAAAAAAU